AUGAGGUCGACCGGGGGCGAGCAGCGCGCGAGCGAGGUCAACAGCGCCAUGCUGAGCGUCCCGGGAUACGCAGACGACACGAUGCUCUUCAUGCUGCGCUGGGGGAGCACGGCCCAGGCGACGCUACGCAAAGUCGACUAUGACGAGUUCCAGGUCCGCGUGUCGGCCAUGAACACGCAUUGGUUUGAGAGCCAGAGAAAGAGCCAGUGCACAGAGACAAGCUCCGUCAGCGUCGGCACCCGCGGCACCGACCAAGGCGACGGAGAACCAGAAGCAGCGGCGGCGGCAGCAGCAGCAGCUGGAGAGGCAGAAGCGGCUAGCUGUGAUGAUGACAGAGAGGGCGGCGGCCAUACAGACGACGAUGCCGUGGAUCCGCACCAGGCCGGCGACGAGGCCACUGACAAGGCCGCUGAGCUCAGGGCCCGGACGCUGGAGCUGAUUCAGGAUUUCCCUCACCUGGUGCGCGAAUUUGACAAGUUUGUCGACUGUACAAGGAUCAUGGCGGCCAAGUAUGGAAAGGCACCAGUAUAA